CACCCCCACGUGCAUAACCCACCAGCAGGCAGGUGUCCUGCCAGUGUGGCCAGCUCCUUCCUCAGCAGCAGCUCAGCAGAAGAGUUGCAGGUGGGGUUGGUGAAGCCUCCACAGGGUGGAGGCCAGAGUUAGGCAGACAAGAGUCCAGGUAGGCAAGAGAGAGGCCCCUCAAGAAAAGAAGGUGACAACCGAGGCGCAGGUGCGAGGACAUGGAGUCGGGGCUGUGGAGCGGGGCUCACAUGCUGGUGUGCCAGGUUUGGACAGCGGUCAGCAAGGCACUGUUCGCCGAGUUCCUGGCCACAGGGCUGUAUGUGUUCUUUGGUGUGGGCUCCGUCCUGCGCUGGCCCUCGGCCCUUCCCUCUGUGCUGCAGAUUGCCAUCACCUUCAACCUGGCCACAGCCACGGCAGUGCAGGUCACCUGGAAGACCAGCGGGGCCCACGCCAACCCCGCUGUGACGCUGGCCUUCCUCGUAGCCUCCCACAUCUCCCUGCCCCGGGCUAUGGCCUACAUAGCUGCCCAGCUGGCAGGGGCCACGGUGGGAGCUGCCCUGCUUUAUGGGGUUGCCCCAGGAGACGUCCGAGGGACUCUAGGGAUCAACGUGGUCCAGAACAGCACUUCGACUGGCCAGGCAGUGGCAGUGGAGCUGGUUCUGACCCUGCAGCUUGUGCUGUGUGUCUUUGCCUCCACGGACAGCCGCCAUACAUUGGGCUCCCCAGCUGCCAUGAUUGGAACCUCAGUGGCACUGGGCCACCUUAUCGGGAUCUACUUCACCGGCUGCUCCAUGAACCCCGCCCGCUCCUUCGGCCCUGCAGUCAUCAUCGGCAAGUUCACAGUGCACUGGAUAUUCUGGGUAGGCCCCCUGACAGGGGCUGUCCUGGCUUCGCUGAUCUACAACUUCAUCCUGUUCCCUGACACCAAGACUAUGGCCCAGCGACUGGCCAUCCUCAUGGGCACCACUGAAGUGGAGAAAGUGGUAGAGGUGGAGCCUGAGAAAAAAGACUCCCACUCCAGUUCAGGGGAUACAGAAGUGAGUGUGUGAGACAGCAUAGCCAUACAGAGGAGUAGCUACCCUGCCUUGCAAGACUUGACUCGAGGCUUUUCCUGUGAGAGGACUAGAGUGGGGACCAGAAGGCUCAGUCUCUUUUUCUAACAGGGUGGGCUGGGUUGGGAGUGCCAAUUCCUAUCCAUGGCAUUACAUUUCUUUGCUCUUUUUAAAAUGGUAAUGGGGGUGGAACCUAGAGCCUCCUUCACACUAGGCAAGUAUAUUACACCUGAGCUACACCUACACUUUUUUUUUUUUUUCAAUUUUGAGAUGAAGUAUUGCUAAGGUGUACAGGCUAGCCUCGAACUUACCAUCUUUCUGCCUCAGCCUCCUGAGUAGUGGGAUUACAGGCAUAUCACACACACCCUCCUGCUACAACUAUGGGUAAAAUAAAUCUUGGAGCAAAUCUGUCUGGCUUUCUUCUCCCUAACUCUCCCUUGUUUCCUAAGGGGAUAGAACAGAAGGGGGCACUGGCCUUUAUGAUGCUCUCACAUUGUCACAGCCAGCUAGACUCUAUGAGAGCCCUGGUCCUCCAGAUCCUUGUCUUGGGGGAAAGAGAAUUAAAGCCCUGGCAACCAUUCUUCUAGGACUUUAACCAGGGGACCUUAGUGAGCCCAGAGGGAAGGGGACACACUUUCCAGAAGAAUCAUGCUCCUGGAUAGCUCGAGUUCCUGGGGUGGGGUGGGGUCUGCCCAGGGGUUUAGUCUGGGGGGCUGUGAUUCCAUCAGACUACGGUCACCUGAGGAUGGAGCUUGCUCUCUCGGUGGUUUUUCACCCUAGCUCUUCCCCCAUGCUCACAAAGGUGCCCACCCUUGGGAAGAGCUUUUGGAGAGAAACCUUUCCUCAGCUGGCAAAGAGCAGGAUAUGAGAAAGGAGCUUUCUGUCAGGGCAGGCCCUUUACAAUCUGUCACGGGGGCAGCCCUGGGUGAGUCUCUACCCUGCCCUCAGCUCAUGGCCUGAGCCAGAAGCCUCCUCAGCAUCAUGGGCUUCCUACAGAAGCUGGUAAAUAAGACCUAGAAGCAGAGAACAUGGGAAGGACCCAGGAAACUGAGAUUCAAGGUUCAGAGCCUCUGAAGGACUAAGGGGUCUGGAUCGGUCUGUUAACAUUUAAAGGCUGCUGUAAUCACUCUGCCUAUGACUUGGAGUCCUGCCUGGAUUUCAGCUUCCCAGCUGUAAAAUGGGUACAAUCUUUUCUCCAGGACUGCCGCAAAACAAUAAGAGAUUAGAAAAUGCUUUAAGGAGUGCUAGAAAAUGCUAAGAAUCAACCCCAAUAAAUGAUGAUUAUUGCUGUUACUGUAA